AUGGAUCUCGAAAAAUUAGUUGGGCUAACUCUUCACGGAAAAUCUGAGCAGGAAACUCAAAUAUUCGAAGAGUGCUUCAGAUUGGUGGGCUCACAAAAAACCGAAAAAGAGCACGAUAUUGGAUUUUGUUUGUUGGCGAGAAUGGUGGAAAAGUUGGUGAUUUUUGGGCGAAAAAUAAGCUCCUAGGCUAAAUUUUGGUGCAUAAAUACUUCUGGAAUGGAUUACAGCGCGAAAUUUGAAACGCUGAACCUAUUUUUGAACUCCUAAUCGAAGUUUUUUGAAUUCGGCGUUGUAAACUCGCCGAAUUCAAAAAGGUUUCUGACACUAAAAUCUAUAUUUUAAAAAUGUUUCCGAAAUUCCCCAUUUUCCAGAGCUUCUCCUAAUACUCUUCGAUCUUUCCAAUCUCGUCUCGCAAAUCGAUUUGCUCAAAUUUCGGAUAAAUUUACAUUGGCUGGAUGUUUGUUUGUGAGAGAGGUUUUGGUCAAAAAUCCCAAGGUAAGAAAUGGUUUUUGGAUUGAAAGUGGAAUUUUCGGCUGAAAAAUUGAUACAAAAAUAAUUGAUUUUCAUGUGAAAAUCACUGAAAUUCACCUGAUUUUCAUAAUUUUUGAAGAAAAGUUGAUGAAAAUGAUAAUUUUUCAAAAGCAAAGCAUUUUCAAUUUAGAGUUAUGAUUUUUCUUGAAAAAUUCUUCGAAAUGUUGGAUUUUUGAUAAAAUACGGAAAAUCAACUUUCUCCGAUUCCUGAAAUUUUAAUAACAAAUUUUUGAAACAGUGAAAAUUGUUGAAUUUUUUUUCACGAAUAAAUUUGCUAAAUAAUUAUCAAAAAUUCUAGGAUAAGCAAUACAUUCGAAAAAAAUAUAUUUUAUAUCAAAAAUCAUCCAUAAAAUUUUGUUUUUGAAGUAAAAAUGAGGAAAAACAUAAAUUUUCAAUUUCAAGUUUGAUAGAGUUAUGAUUUUUCUUUAAAAAAUGUUCGAAUUGUUAGAUUUUUUGCAAAAAUCGGAGAGAGCAUCAAUUUUUUGAAAUUCUUGAGAAAAAAAAUGAAGAAAUUUUGAAACAGUGAAAUUUUUUUUUACAAAUAACCUUGCAAAAAUUUCAAAGAAACCUUAAAUAUUUAUCAAAAAUAAUCCGACGAAUUUGGUUUUUCACAAAAAUCAAAGCUUAUUUUUGCAGUCCGGCGAUUUGCAUUCCACAACAGUUUCCAAAAUCAUCAAUCAAUGCAUUGAUGUUGGUGUUCAAACCGAAGAUCCAACAAUUCGAGCCUUGGCUUCCGAUCUUUUCGGGCUCCGCGCCAAUUCAAAUCAACACAUUGCUCAGCUUAUAAACACUAUUGCAGCUCUUCAAAAUCCACAAAAAACUUCGAAUUCCUCAGAUAUCCUGGAAUUAUCAACUUUCGGAAUUAGUUCUCUCAAAGUUUCGCUUCAAAAUUUGCUUUUCGAAUGUUUGGCUUGGAGUUUGGGACAAAUUCAAAUAUCCGGAAUAUCGAUUGAUCGAAAAAAUAUGAUAAGUUGCAUUGAAAAUGGGAUAAAAAUGAAGGAGACAAGACACGUGGCAUUUGUUUGUUUGAGGAGUUUGUGUGCGAAUGCAAAAUGGUCGAUUUUGCCAAUGGUAGGAGGUUUUUGAAGGAAAAUUAUCAAGAAAUUCCAGAAUUUGAGACUUUUGAGUUAUCGAGCUCAAAAAAUUGACUGAAAAUCUCUAAUUUAUUGAACUUUGCAGAUUCCCCGAAUUGUCUCCAGUCUAAUCAGCGAUCUCGACAACAUUGAUUCAGAUCUUAUCGAAACUCUCGCAUUUAUUUCGCAAAUUUUCGGACCAAUCAAUUCUACUUUAUAUAAACAUUUCUAUGUUUUAUUCAGUGCUAUAAAACAACCUCUUCAUCUUCAAAAAUUCGCUGUUCCCGCUGCCAAUUUAUUCGCGAAUAUUAUCGAACAUUCAGCGGCUUUUGUGAAACCCGAAAUUUUCAUCAGUGUUCAAAAAUUAAUUUGUGAACUGGCGAUUCGAUUUGUGGAUGUUGAUUUGUAUCAAAUGAUUUUGGCUGCUUUUAUGGCGUUAGGAAAUGAAUAUGUGCCAAGUCCAUUGCAGGUUUGGAAGGGGUUUUGGGUGAAAAAUUAUGAAAAGUCGAUAUUUUAGGCCAACCAAUUUUGAAGUUCUAGAGAACAAAAUCCCCAAAAGUCAGAUAUUCAAAUUUCGAAAUAGAGUUUUUUGAAAAAUUGCAAUAUUUUUUCACUGUUUCAAAAAUUCGAUCUUCCCUAUAAAAAAACGCUCAAAAAAAAUGAAUCUUCGCUGUCCGCAAUGAACACCAUGACGCAAACUUGCACACAUUUUUUUUGGGCAGCUUGCCAAUUUUUCUCAACAGAGCGUAGAUUAAAGGGAGGACGAAUUGUUCGUUUGGGUCUCGUCGCGAUGUGACGCGCUGCUCAAAUGUUUUUCAUUUUCUCUUUUUUUUUUCGUUUUUUCCCUUUUUUCUCCGAGGUUGCGAUCUGGAGGCUGCCGUUCAACUCAGCUUGAGAACAGCAUGAGCAAGAAUUGGAAGAGCUCGAAGCAAUUAAUACAGAAGGGGAAUUCUGAAUCGAGAACAUCCAGAAAUCAGCCUACAAAUAACACUGAAAUCAAAUCAAGUAAGUUUUUGCUUCAAUUUAUUUGUUAAGUUGAAUUUAUUUGUUAAAUUGAAAUCAUGCAAACUUUUUGCAGUUUGGUGAACCUGGAAAUGAUGAUUUUACAGUUGAAUUAAGUAUAAAAUUCACUGAUCCGGAAGGGAUUCCUGAAACAACAAUUGAUGGAAUUGAUGAGAAAUUUGAGGUUACUCGGAUUUUCGAGGCAAUUGAGAAAAUGAAAGCGGUUGCUGAAGAGAAUUUGUGUAUGGUUAUGGUAUUUGCGAUAGUUUCAGCAAUGCAAGAAGAAAUUGAGGAAUUAUUAAAUGUGAAAAGGCGGAGAUUGCUCGAAAUCGAGCAAAAAGUAGGGAAAUGUUGUGACGCCGAAGAGUUUACGCGCUUGGAAGGAGAAACUCGAUGCGGAGCGGAAGGCGGCAAAUGAGAGUGCGGAGAAGGAGCGAUUGGCUGCGUUGGAUGGCAGGUUGACGGACGGGAAGACAAUUGUUCUUGAAGGGUGCCACUUUGAAUUUGUCGGAUAUGACGUUGAUACAGGAGCACAGGAUAAGGUCGAAAUUGAUGAGUCACUUUUUGAUAAAGAGGUGAGUAACUUUUCUGGGAGAGUGGAGGGGAGGGGGUGGCACAAGGGUAAAAAGAGAACCUUUCCAAGGUAAAACCGCCAUAUUUCGAAUUUGCAAAUUCACGAAUCGCAUCCUUACAAAUUAUUCAUAAAAUUUCGCGCUGACGCGGAUAACUUGCAUGUUUCCAUAUUAACAUUCCAAAUUAUUUAGAUGCGAACUCAAUCGCCUCCAUUUUCGACUGGACCAUGCAAUAUAUUGGUAAUUUUAACUUUAUGUUGUUUUUUUUUGUCAAUAAAUAUUAUAAAAAUAAGAUGAAUUCCUUCAUAAUGUGGUUCCUCAGCAAUCCGGAUCCCCGAAAUUUCUCUUUCGGCAUUCCCAAGAAAAAAAAUGAAUAUAAUUUUUCAGCGGAGUGAUUCUACAGAAUCUGGUUGGAAAAUUGGAAAGCUGACAAAAAUAUUUAUGUGCACGAUUGCAUUACGGUCUUUGCAACUUUUGCGCUUUUUUUGAUUUUUAAAUUGAAGAAUAUUUCUCGAGCUAAUUUGAGUUCCCGGGCGAGUAAGCUUUUCUAAAAAGACCUUUCGGUCCAGUCUUUGUCUAAAAAACAUUUCUAAUGAGGUCUCAAGGCUUGGGCUUUGUCUUAAAACGACAUGACCCAAUCUUUCUAAUCAAUAAAAAAUUGAUCUGUUCACUAAAUGAGCAGAUGAUUAUGGCCAGGUGGUGAUUGAACAAGUUUAGGCAUAGCGCCCUGGGUCCACUAUGGAUCAAUUCAUUUGACGAAAAAUGAAUUUCGCGACAUUUUUUGUCGCGAAAUUGCAAUUCGUGAAACGACACGAAAUAAACACAAAAAUAAAGGAGAAACAUUAAAGGGACGCGUAAUCGGUGCGAGACCCAACACACGAAAAAAGAAUUUCCUCUUUUAUUUUAUUAAUUUCGUGUCGUUUCGCGAAUUGCAAUUUCGCGACAAAAAAUGUCGCGAAAUUCAUUUUUUCUUCAGAUGAAUUGAUCCACUAGUUAAUGAAAAACUGUUCAUUUUUUUCGAUUCACUUGUGGAUAUUGGAUUUGCUGAAAACCUCGAUUUUUUUACGUUUCAAAAAUCUGAUAACUAAAAAUUGAAACCUUUCGUUUUAUUAGUAUUAUUAGUAUCAUUGGGAAAUUUAAUUUUAAAAAUUCCACUGUUUCCAAAAUUUAAGUUUUCAAUAUCAAAUUUACCUUUGAAAAAAUAUGAAAAUGAAAAAAAAAUUUAAUUGAAAACUCGAUUUUUUUCAAAGAAUUGAAACAGCAAUUUUCCCCCAAAAAUCCCGAAUUUUCCCAGAUCGCUCAAGUCGUUUGUUCUCGCACCAAAAGUCACUCAGAAAUCACUCAAAAUUUGAGAAAAAUGUGCCAAAUCGCGGCGAGACCCAGAGUUACUGUAAGUCCAAAUUUUCACCUGAAAUUAUAUAUUUUAUUUUCUCUAUUUUUCUAGGACAUUGCAAAUAUCAAAGCGAAAAAGACGAUUUCUUUGAAAGAGGCAGCUGUUAUUCAAGAGGAAAUUGUUGAAAAAGCUGAAAAUAUGGAAAUAUCUGAAAAUCCAAAAGAAUUAGAAGAAGCUGAUAAUUUGUCUGAAAAUGAGGAGGAAGAAGAUGAUGAGGAAGAAAUUCAAAUUAUUGAACCAGAACCAAAAAAAGAGGCUGAAAAUAAACGGAAAUCUGCGGAAACUCCGGAAAAAGUGGAAGUCCAACCCAAAAAGAAGCAGAAAGUUGUUGUGAAAGAAGUGGUGGGUUUUUCUUGGCUGGAAAUUUUAAGGGUUUAGCUAGGAUUCUGGAAUUUUUAGCAUACAGUUCAGAUUUGAAGCUGUCAAAUUCAUCUGAAUCUAGAAAUUUUCAAUUUUAAAAAUUCAACAAUUAUUUUAAAUUUCAGACUUUUCUAACUGGAAAUCAAACUGAAAUUUCGAAAUUUCAGCUCUAAAAAAACAUUUGAAAAUUCCAGAUUUUCAGUCCCAAAAAAUCCCCCAAUUCUCAUUUUUUACAGAAUCUACUAGCCGGCGAACAAUCAGUCGAUGAUAUUCUCAACUUUUUUCGAUCCCUCAUAAUUUUUGGCUGA